AUGCCGAUUUUCAAGCAACAUCCAGGUGGGGAGGAAUUUUACGCGCCGCCGUGGGCAUGGAGAUACGAGGGAUCUCUUCCUCGUCGAGAGCUCGGCUACCCUAGGUACCUGCCGCCAUCACAUCCACCGUUGUUGUCGUAUCCGCCAUCGUCUCAUCAUCCGCCAUGGCCGCACCAUUAUUAUCUCGUACGAGACCACCACCAAGACCUAGAGAGUUUGGCCGCCAAAGUUAGGGUUGCAGAAGCAAUCAAUGUUGCAGCUUAUCGAAGUCAAUUUCAAGAUACGUGUUCGCAGUUCCGUCAUCAGGAAGAGAGGGUGCGUUUUGCUGGUUCCGGAGCCGUGGGAGCCGGAGCUUCAAUUAGAAGUCAAACUUCCCAUGAGCACGGGUUCGACUGUUUUGGAGCAGCUAAUUACCAUGAUUAUUAUCUUGGCUCUAGGGAGGUGGAUUUGGACGCAAGCACAGGUAACUCUUCAAUUGAUUUUACCGUAGGGUUGGGAGAGCUUGAAUUACAACAAACUCGGCUCACUCAACGAUCGUCUCUUGCGGAGGGAGAAGACCAGCCGAUGCGAACUUCGAAUUUCGCCACCACCAAGCAGCCGACUUUGGACGGGAUAUCGUUGCGCUGGCUGGGAACAACGAAUGGCGGAGCUCUCCGCCAAAUAUCAGGCGCCGAGCGGCGAGUACGGUGA